CACAAACAGCUCUGCUGGGGCUGUACUGCUCAGCCUGCUUCUCUCUGAAGGGAGCCUGGAGAUUGUGAUCUGAGAUGCUGCUUAGAGUCCCCCAGCUGACCACCCCUUGGGCUAACAGGGACCUGCAGAAAGCCUGGGAGAAAACCUACCAGAACCACUGGAAAAAGGUCCAGAAUGCCCAGCCACUAGUGGAUACCCAUCCACCACAGACUUACAGCCACCUCUACCUAAAGUUCAAGAAGCUGAAGAUGGAGGAAGAAAGACUCUCCGUCAUUGACAGAGCCAACUGUCUGCUUCUGCAGAGGGUGGCCUCUGCCAUGAGAACCAGGGGACAGACUGACAGCAGAAAUAACUUCAUACACAGAAGUCUAAACAGGAAGACCAGCGAGCAGGCUCACAUGAAAGCACAGAAACAAAACAAAGUCGUCCUGGAAAGACUUCCAAGCUCAGAGCCCUGGUAUGGAGCACAGAGACCGUGGGAGGGCAGGGCUGCCCCCGCCAGACGUCCCUGCAAAAGCAGACGCACCUGGAGAAAAGGUACCUGCGGUUCUUGUUGAUUGGAAAGCCCAGAAGGCACUUUUCUGGCUGGCCAGCUUAGUCUGGAACUUCUAUUGGCCUUCUAAAACUGGACUUAUCUUGAGCCUCUCACAGGCAUGCCAGAGAAGAGCACCCUCUCCCAGCCACUGCAGGAGCUCUUGCUUCCGGACUCUGACAAGAGCAAAUGGCGUGCUGUUAGGAGGAAGAUAGCUAGAAGAUCGUCCAGGAAACACCAUUGGCCAUCCUAGUGCCGGGGUCUACCUAAAUGGAAGCACAGGGCCUCUACAAUGCACACACAGACACCAGAAAACACACACACACACACACACACACACACACACACACACACACUCACAAUGAGAAAACUAAACAGACGAACUACCCGUCAGUGGUGGAACAGUACACAUGCUCCAAGUUCUUCAAGACAGCUCCACGGUUUCAGACGAAUGCCCAGUUCCUAGCACACACAGUGAAGACAAAUGGGCCUCAGCUCCUGCACCCAUGUCAGGGUUAAGUGAGCAGCAAAGAGGCUAUAAGGCUCCUGACCCUAGAAACAGCAUGCUUUAGCUUCUGUCCUUCUUCACCACAUACUUCUAUCAUCUGAGUCAAAACUAGAAACCAACUGUCAGUUUGCCAGUUCGGUGUAAGAAAAGACUCUACAGCAAAAUUGAAGUCGCAGAAAUUCUCAUCUGACUACACGUACAUCCAAGGGAGAAAUGCAGUGACCAGUGUGCACAUGAGAAGAUAGCCAGUGUUCCUGGGGAAGUGGGAAUCAAUUCCACAGUGAGAUACCCUUCACAUUCAUUUCCCCGCUGGCUGGAAUGGCUGAGGACAGCAUGUGCUGGCGAGGUGUUUGGAGAAACUGGGCAGCAUAGUGGUGGUCCACUUACUUGGAAAAAACUGCUGGUUCCUCUAAAAAUUAGACAGCAAUUCCACACCUAAGGAGAGAAGAGCAUUGGAACUGCAAUCAACAGGAAACUAUACACACACCUGUGUCUGGAACAGCAUUAAUAACAAUAACCAAAUGUUCAUAAACUGAUGAGUGAGUAAACAAAAUGAGCUAUAUCUGCACAAUGGAAUAUUAUUCUGCCACACACACAAAAAAUGAGGUCUUGCAUUGUUGCAUCAUGGCUGGAGCUUAAGGACAUCAGUGAAAGAACAAGGUAGAGAGUGGCCCAUAUAUGAAAUGCCCAAAGAGGCAAAUCCUAGUGGCAAGAGGACCAGUGGUUAGUGGGAACUGGAAGAGACAAUUGGGGGAAAAUUGUUAUAGAAUAUGGUUUGGGGGGAGCUAGUGAUUAAAAUGUUCCCAAAUUAUACUGUAAUUAUAGCUGUACAUAUAUUAAUACCUCCAAACCUCUAAAGUAUUCACUUUAAAAGGUAGGUUUUAGACAUAGAAUUACUGUAUUUCAGUCAAGUCAUUAUGAAA